AAGCAUGCACUUCAAUCGACGACUUUUAUACCGCUUUACAAGCUGCACUUUCCAUUGCUAACUCUGGUCUCGGUUGAGAAUAAUAAAUAUCUGUCAACCGCCUUUACUGAGGUAGCCAGUAGUCGAACCGUGUGGCAGGUUUCUGCAAUCUCUAUCGUGUAUUCUUUAGCUGAUUUGACUCGAAGGAAAAUCCGCUGAAAUGGCCCCGCCGGAGUCGCCUCGGUCCACCGAGCCGCCUAUUAUGUCCGCCGAGCCGGCAGACGCCUAUCACCUCGCGCAGGAGGUGCCGCGAUGGAUCGCUUCGUCGUCAACCGCCCCCGCGACAGUCCCCGUCAUUCCCGCCGCAGUUGCCGCCGCCACGCCGUUCCCCUUCGCUCCCGCUGCUUUCAAGACGUUCCCCUUCUCCGCGCUUCCCGCCGCCGCCACCGCCGCGACUACGCUUGCGCCCCUCACCACCUCGCUUCCGCUUUCCCCCCCGUCUUCCGCCCACCUUCCGCCUCCGCUCUUCGCAAACCAACCCUCAUCUGGGUCUUUUCCCCCGACGUGUCUCCGCCCGCGCGCAUCUUACGCCGUCGAGCGCGCCGUUCCCGACGCCGACACAGCCUUUCCCUUAUUUUCCCCCGUUUCCGCGCAACAACCUGGAAGCUUCAUCCGCCACCCGUCUCCGUUAUUCCCCGGAUAUCCCCCUCCCCUUCCGCCGACCCUUCCGCCGACCCUUCCGCCGACCCUUCCGCCGACCCUUCUUCCCGCCGCAACCGCGGAUGCCGCUGCCGCCUUUCCGUCAUUUGCGAAUGCCUCGCCUUCGAUUGUGAGGCCGCAGCCCCGCAACGCGACAACUGUUGCGAUGCCGCAAUCAGCACUCGCUCAGACGUCUGAUUGGCAAUCCGUGUCAGCGCACUGGCGGCCCCAUGACCCCGACGCCGAUGCCGCCGCAAUCCACGGCGCGACGAGCGCGCGGGAGGCCGACGCGAUUCGCGCGGUGAUAGCGCGGCACGAGGCGGCGUUCCGUGAGCAGGUGGCGGAGCUGCACGCGAUUUGCGGCGUGCAACGCGGGCUGAUGGCGGUGAUGGCGACUCGCUGCGAGGUGACACUGCACGCCGCGGGGACCGCCGCCGAUGGAAAAGAAGACGCGGAGGGAAAGAGGAAAGCGGAUGCGGCUGGAGCGGAAAGGCCGCUGACCAACCGUCAGGGAACGGCGAGAGCGGGAGCGAUGCUCUUUGACUUGGAGCAGCUUCCUGGAAACGACGAGGGGGAGGAGGAGGCGGAGAAAGAGCACGGCAAUCCGCGCAUUCGAUUCGAACACGCUUCCGCCAUCGCCGCGAGAGACGCGGCUGUUGCGCUUGCGCCAGUAGCUGCUGGAACUGCGCGCUCCCCGCCCUCUUCCGCCCUCCCCUCGUCCCCGCGCGCUCCUUCGGCCGUCGGAGCUCCGCCUCCCGCCGUCUGCCCCCCAGCUGCUGCGGCGGGCGCAACGUGUUCCGCGGACUCAAGCGCGGGCAGCCACGCGGGGCGCGGCGGAGCGAAGAGGCGGAAGAGACAAGAGCAGUGUGACAAGAACGGGGGGAAUGAGCGGAACGGCAGAGAUUCCUGCGCUGUUGGGACCCCUGUGGAGAGCGACGCCACGUCAGCAUCGGAUUCGUUGGACAGGCAUGGUAAGAACGUGCCACGUCAGCGUGGAGCGAAGAAGCAGAAGCGGGAAGACGGAGGGGGAAGCGGAAGAGGAAGAGCGAAAGGCAAAGGAGGAGCUGGGGGAGGUAGUAUCUUGACAGGCAGAUCUGCUGGGCCGCCGUCCCCACAGGUCUCCCUGUCACAUAACACCUCCCCCAGCAUCGCCUCCCAACCUGCUCUUCCUGCAGGCUCUGCUGCUACAGCCGGGCCUCGUCCUGACUACAGCUGCGCUACAGCCGCAGCACCUGGUGGGGCCCACGCGCCACAGCCGUUCCAACCGCCACAGCAGUUACAGUCGCCGCAGCAACAGUUCCACCUUCCAGGGCUGCCCGGCUCACUCGUCAACCCGCACUCUCCUCUCCCCCCCGCCGCCCCCUCCUCCCUUCCCCCUUCCGCCCUUCCCUUCCACCCGUCAUUCUCCUUUCCCUCCGCCUUCGCCUCUCCGUUCGCUUCUCCUGCGGCCCCCUCCAUUCCCUCCUGCCUCUCCUCCCCUUCCGGCCAACAGCCUCCUUGGUCCUACGCUCCCGCUGCAGCAGCAGCAGCAGCAGCAGCAGGAGCAGCAGAGUCAGCAUCAGCAGCGGCGGCAGCAGCAGCAGCAAACGCCAGCAGCCUCUUCCCUGGCGGCUCUGCCUUCCUCGGCUGUUCUGCUGGCAGCGCUGCUGCCCUUGCUGCGGGCACCGCCGCUGCCAUCGCUGCUGGGACCGCUGCUGCAGCCACGGUAGCAGCGGCAGCUGUUGGAGGGACGUUUGUCCCUGGGUUUGCUUCUCCGCUGUACGCCACACCGGCACCUGCCACUUAUGGCAUGCAUUCCAUUUCUGGCAUGCCUGCACUUCCUGGGAUGCCUUCUUUUCCCGGUGCUCCUGCGUCUGGAAUGUUUUCUAUUCCGGGCUUCAAUCCUUAUUCAGGAAUGCCAGUCGCAGGCUACCUCCAUCCAGCCAUGCUCGGCUCGUUCCCUCUGCCCCAAGCUGCUCCCUACCGCCUGCCGCUCCCUCUCCCCACGCUCAACCCCACUGGCAUGAUGCUACAACCGUCGGCAGCAGCAGGAGGAGGAGCUGUAGCCACAGCAGGGGGAGCAGGGAUAAAGCGGGCAGGAGGGAAUUCUGGAGCUCAUGGGGAUAUCCAUGGGGGGUUCAAGAAGCCCCCCCCCCUGGUGCUGGUGCGCGACGGCAGCAGCAAGCAGCAGCGGCUGCUGCCGCCUGACCAAGCAGCCAAGGCGUGCCCUAGAGUCACUCACGAGCCAACCUCAGGCAAGCGGCAGAAGCAGGUGCUACCAGGCCAAGCCACAGGGGCGAGUCCCCGUGAAGCUGGUGGGGGAGCGGGUGCUGCUGACAUCAAUGCUGCUCCCAGCAGAAAGAAGCAGCAGCAGCAGCAGGGGGUUGACUCUGUGCCUGUGCACGAACACGCAGGCUCUUCUAGGGAAGAAGGAAACGGGGUGGAGGAGCAGGGUGUGGGUGAUGACGACGAGGGAGGGGAGGGGAGGAGUGGAGGCAGCGUCAGUGAGGAGUCUGGAGGGUCGGGGGACGAGGGAGAGGCCGUUGUGGACCCCAUUGUGCUCCCAGAAGCAACUACUUGGAGGACUGGGCUGGUAGUGAUAGAUGAGAAACACGUGGCAGCAGUUUCUGGUUCGCUGCAUGGCUCCACGCUCUCGUCCUCAAUAGAUGCAUCGCCCACUAAGAGGCCUGAGGCAGUAGCGUCUACCGUGCAGGGAAGGAAAUAAUAGUAGAAUGAAUUUCGUUCACGAAUAUUGUUUAGAUCUUGUGUUAACUUUCUUAUGUGCAUUUUUAUGUGAA